AUGUUGGACGCCGCCUUUUUCCCCCACAUCAUCGACGAAAUCUUCGCUUACGCGCCCCUGAAGUCGCUUCUGGCGCUCCGCGUCAACAAGGCUUGGUGUCGGCGUGCGGAAGCUCAGCUCCCAUACCAUGUCAUCGUCAGCAGCUCCCCGGACCACCCAGGACACUACGCAAUUCAAAGGGCGAAGAAGACCGCAUUGUGGAACUGGCCGACACCUAUCACUUCUAUCAAUCCGAGAUUCCUUGCUGCAACGUCUGUGGUCGACCUCCGUACCCGCUGGCUCAACUAUCAUACCUUCCAAAUGCUCCGGCACUGUCCUCCUCAUACGACGUUUCGCUGCCACAACCGUUGCGACCUUUCUCGACUGUGCGAUUCCCGAACGCCCGAGCCGUCAUGUUUGGUGCUGUUCGCUCGUGAUGUGUACGGGUAUCACUCGAUCUCCUACUUUCUCGAAUAUGGACUGGGCAAUUUGCAGAAGCCGAAGAAGCUGGUUAUCCACUUGACUGAUAAGGGUAUGGACUCGAGGAAGGAGGCUCUUAAAUUCAAUCUCGGUAGCGUCACCAGCCUUACUCUGAUCAUGCACCCGGACCGCUUGGACUCUACGCGGCCUCUGCUUACAUUCCAACUGGGUCUGCUCAUCGACCUCGCCAUGCUUGGAUACGUGCACGGCGCGCCUGUGACGAUCGUCAACCUCAACUUUCCGGACUUUGAAGACCGCCACCCAGAAGUGGGCAGCAUCCAGACUCAGGUGCUGGACGAGAUCUCACGGCUCCGGCCCGAAUUCGAGCCUCUUUGCAAGGGCUCUACAGCACUCAAUGUCCGGUGUCUUUCGAUGAGCGAGUAUCGCACCGAAGUGGGUACCGCACAAUUCAGAAUCGAAACGGUGGAAGGACCGAUCAUGCGUCCAUCCCUCCAGGCUGCCACAUGA